CCUUCCGCGGGCGGGGGGCCCUGAACCGGGGAGCCCCCCAUCCACCACCGCGGGCGCUAGGGGGGAUCCUCCGGGCCUCUCGGGAGAUCCGAGGCCAAGGCUGUUCAAGGUUUAUUUGGUUUUCUUUUUGGCCAAGGGAGGGGCCCGCAGAGGAGGCGCCGGCCCCGGCAGUUCCACUCGGUUGUCAAAAGACAACCGGGUCUGUGUUCUCUCGGUUGGCGGUGGGUCUUGCCAGCUCCUUGGUUGGCGAAUCCGUGAGGAAGGAAUUGAGCCAAAUUUUCUGGAAACGGUCGGUGUCUGCAAGUGAGUGGGGGCCCCCUCCCUCAUUCUCAAUCGUUUCAAGCGAAAUAAUCGACAAAGAUGCUUUGGGGGGAAAUUGGGGUACAGCUCAAUCACCGAGGAACCAAACCCUGGGGAUUUUCGUUCCUGCCGGACCCCUCACACCCGCCUUCCCAGAAGGGGUGGCGAGGGCGGGGGUCCGCCCCGCGGCCGCCUCGUUUGAAUAUUGGCCCCUGUCUCGCGGGUUACUGAUUAGCUCGGGCUUUCAAGCCCCAGGAGGAAGCCCUGGCCGUCCCUUUCAAGGUGCGGUGGCCCCGGCUCCUGGGCGGGGGCUCCAGGAAAUUGCCUGCGGUGCCGGGCAGGCCGAGGUGUUACUAGGGUCUGGCCUGGAGCUGGAGGGGCCCGGCGGGGCUGAGGGCAAACGCCAGGGCUACCGCCCCCCGCGCCCUGGGCAGCCAGAGCGGUUUCCCUGCGGCUGGAAGGCCCGGCCCCGUGCGGGAGGCCCGAGGGAGCGCGCCCCGCCGGGAUCGGCCCCCCCCUCCCCUCCACAAUCAGGCUUUUUCUUGUGGGCAAUCCAGAGGUCAGGUGGGGAGGAGAAGGUGGCUGGUACCAAGGGUGGAAACACUGCGGGGCUCCUAGAGCGCUGGUGGACCUGGGGGUGGGGGGAGCGGGAACUGGGCGCCGCGGCCCGCCCCACCCCCAGAUCAGAGACAAGGUGGUUCAUUUGCAUAUGAAAAUGAGGUCCUGGCGCCGAGCUCCGGCCCGGCCCGUUUGAAGGGCCUGUUCCAUCUAAACUGCUCGCAAAGGUUGGGAGCCAUCACGUUGCUUCCUCUGGGAACAUUUAUGCUUCCCAAACCCAGAGACUCACAGAAUUGGGUAGACAUGUUUCAACUUGCCACACCCCGGCCAGAGUUACAAGUGGGGUGUGGGGGAAGGUGUCCACAACCCAAAGAGCUGGGGUGGGGGGGCGCUUUGUAGCUGAGAGGAAAGGGGAAGCCUGGACAAUGUCUAAUCCCCCCUCCCCUCCCCUCCACACACAUACAGGAGGAUACCCCUCCCUGGUACGGGAGAAUUUUCCUCCUGAGCUGAACACAACUGAGGCAUUUCCCUGGGAGCUGGAACGUGUGUGCGUCCACAGGGCUGCAGAUUCGAAGCACAGAAAACUACAAUUAUAAACCCUGCCAGUGAGGUUUCUGUGCAAUCCUGUUGUGUACUCAAGACUUGGUACACAUUUCUAUCCACCUCUCCAUACGCAUGCUUCCUCAUGGAAGCAGGGAGAGGACCCCCCCCCCCCCCAGACGGGCAGCCGGCUGUGCCCGCUGCUGUGUAUUUACAUAUUCCCCCUUGGAGACAGACAGAUGGGACAGUGGACUGAACCACAGAUUCGUAGAGAUCUGGCUCCAGGAACCAGGCGGCCUCUGGCCCAGCUCUGCCUGCCUGCUCUUUCUCCCAAACAAACGGAUCAGAGGAAUAAACGCUCAUAAAUACCUCUGGGUUUAGAUAAGAGCGAUGAGGCGCUAUUUCCUUUCAUGCUGGACUACAGGCGCCCAGGCCCUGCCUUUUCGGCUCCAUCUCCCGACAGGCAACCUGCAGAGGUGAGGUUAAUUUGGGGCUGUGACUCUCUCUAAGGAUAAGAAGGUUAUUUUCCUGCUUCUCUCACCCGGGAAUCUUACUUUGUCCGAACUCCACCGGCAAGCCUACACCAUCCAGUCCCAAGCCAUGGACAUAGUGGCCAGCGAGGGGACAGCGAGGGCUGGAACCCAAGGCCCAGCUUCAGUGGCAGGGACGGGGGAGGUGCACACAGGCACUUGCUCACCUCGCCCAAAUGUUCCACGUGCCUCUGUGGGAAUGGGCCCAAUCACAGCUAGAUUGGAACAUUUAUGAUGCUCCAGCAUUUGAGGGCUUGAGUUUGUUUUUCUUAAAUCUUGAUAAAACGACUGCAGAGUCAGGGCAGGAAGGGAUCACCACUUGGCCAUGAAGGGGCAACCUAGAUGUUGUCCUGAGUUCAGGAAGCCUUGUAGGCCAUUUUGCAACCAAACAAGUACCCACCCUUAGUCACCAACCUCAUCCCUCUGCCAUUUCCCCUAGUGUCUUGUCCCACCUUUAGUGGGUAGAGCUGGCCCACAGAAAGGAGCCCAGAGAGCAAGGUAGAAAGGAGGCCAGCCUGACCCCUCACCAGCUUUUGCCCCACACCCUGGCCCAUGCCCAGCUCCAGGUCUGAAGGUGGUCCCCCUUGACAUCCUCUACGUGAAUAUUAGAAUUUUGAAAACAUACUGUGGCUGUCUUCCAGCCUGGCGUCAAUGUUCAUUUUCUUUAGACGAGAGCCAGAGACAUGCACUCUCACACACGCAAGCUUGUACUGCAGCAAAGCGGGUGCUGCAAAAAUGAGAGGGGGGUGGGAGGGACGGUAGAGAUGCUGAGAGACAGAGGGUGGUGAGCAUCUGGAGAGGGGAUGUGGGCUGAUAGUUCUAAGCUGCCUGCUGAGACCCAAACCCUCUUCCCUCCUUAUACAACUAAACCAAAAUGAAGUCUGGGGAAAGAAUUAAUUUUAAAAAGAACGGCCAGCUUCUGGAGAGACUUGGAAAAGGUGUGAGGGACCCCUCUCUUCCUGGUGGUCUCUAAUCGCCUCAACUAUCAGGAGGGUUUGAGGACCCCAACUUAGAGGAGGACCAAUUUCUCUCCUAUACCCUCUUUCUGAGACAACCUUGAUUCCUAAGGAUCUGUCACCAAGGAUAUUUUCAUGUCUUUGUGGGGGUGAAGGUUGCAGGCAGGAUAAGUGAUCAGACUAACCCAGGCUGGGGGACGCCCCUCACACCCCCUCUCUUUAUCCCUAAGUGGAGAGGACUAGACCCUCUCCCCAUCGCCCCUUCCUGUGCCCAGAGCAAGCGGUGCACACUAGACCCAGGCGUGAUGUCUUGGGGAGCAGCCAUAGCAGCCCAGGAGGCUCCUAACCCAGCUGCAGAGCCAGGAGAAGGUUAGGCUCAGACCCUCCUCCCAUUUACCGGCCUUCGGGGUCCUCUGGGCAGCAGGCUCUGGCCUGCCUCUCAGACCACGAGAGCUGUGGAGAAGCAGGAAUCAGAAUCCCAGGCUUGGAAGAGAUAGAGUGGAUCUGAGAAACAAGGGGAGGAGGGAUGUCUUCAAAACCUGGGAAGGGGAUGGUUUCCUUUUCGCCUCUCUCUCUCUCUCUGAAGGGAUGCUAGUUAGCAGCGAACUCUUCUCCCCUUCGACCAACACAAACUCCUAGAAAUAAACCGCCUUUGGUUCUCUCCUGGCUGGGCUGAGAUGUGAGAUUCAGGGAUGGCUGCCCACCCUUCCCUUGGGGGGAAUGGGGCUCAAGCCACGCAGGGGUUAACUUUCCUGAAAACACAAUUAACUUUUUCCUAUCCUGAGUGGGGAGGGAGGGGGAGAUUUAUUUAAUCACUGGGGGAUGCGGUGGUCUCCACCAAAGCUCCCUCCUCCCGCACAGACGUCUCCCUCGCAGAUCCUACGUAGAGGGAACAGAACGCGUAGUGUUGUUGGGGAGAGAGAGAGAGAGAGAAAGGAGAAGGAGAAGAAGGAGGGGAAAAAAAGGUUGAUAGGUUUGUGCGCGGGUCCCUCGCGCGGGCCGCGCUCCUCCUGGGUGCUAUUUGACAAUUCCUGCCUCUGCUAUUGGUCAGCGCCGGAUCAGAUGCUUGUAUUUCCUUCUGGCCCUCACUGGCACCUCGCCAUCCCCCCUCAGCGAAAACCCAAUCUCAGAUAUACUACUAAUAGGCGCGGCGCUCGGACUAUAAAACACAACAAAUCAUAAGCCCGGCGGAGCAGCAGCGGCCGCGCGCCUCCCUCCCAAUGAGUUCCUAUUUCGUGAACUCCACCUUCCCCGUCACUCUGGCCAGCGGGCAGGAGUCCUUCCUGGGCCAGCUCCCGCUCUACUCCUCCGGCUAUGCGGACCCGCUGCGGCACUACCCCGCGCCCUACGGGCCCGCGCCCGGCCAGGACAAGGGCUUUGCCGCCUCCUCCUACUACCCGCCGGCGGGCGGCGGCUACGGCCGAGCGGCGCCCUGCGACUACGGCCCGGCGCCCGCCUUCUACCGCGAGAAGGAGUCGGCCUGCGCGCUCUCCGGGGCCGACGAGCCGCCCCCCUUCCACCCCGAGCCGCGCAAGUCCGACUGCGCGCAGGACAAGAGCGUGUUCGGCGAGCCCGACGAGCAGAAGUGCUCCACGCCCGUCUACCCGUGGAUGCAGCGGAUGAACUCGUGCAACAGUUCCUCCUUUGGGCCCAGCGGCCGGCGCGGCCGCCAGACCUACACGCGCUACCAGACCCUGGAGCUGGAGAAGGAGUUCCACUACAACCGCUACCUGACGCGGCGGCGGCGCAUCGAGAUCGCGCACGCCCUGUGCCUGACCGAGCGGCAGAUCAAGAUCUGGUUCCAGAACCGGCGCAUGAAGUGGAAAAAGGAGAGCAAACUGCUCAGCGCGUCUCAGCUCAGUGCGGAGGAGGAGGAGGAGAAGCCAGCGGAGUGAAGGCGCUGGGAAGGGCCGGGGGCGCGAAGGGAGAGGCCUGUGGGCAGCCGAGGGCCUUGGAGCUCUGGAGAAGGCUCUGCGGGGCGGGGGGCGCCUGGGGACCCGCUCCCCAGCACGAGACGGGCGGGGCCCAGGGCUCCCCGCGUCGCCCCCGCCCGCAGAGCUCUGGCGGGUGCCAGAAGGCGGUGCAGCCUGAGCCCACCCGGCCCCCCUCGGCCCCCUCCCUCCCCGCCGCACCCGCCUCGGCCUGACCAGGCUCCCUCCCCCCCGCCCCGUGAGAACUGAGGACCGGACUCACUCGAGGUUUCCUGGAAGCAGAGCAAAAACACUCUUGUCCGUGUCGCAUCUCAUUUCGCCCCCGUCCCCCCGUGCACGGUUCAAUGGUAGCUUCGCAGCCCCCUCAGCGGGGGCCUCGAAGACUCCCUGACCCCAGACCUCUGGCCCGGUCCCUCCCCGAAGCCACUGGAAGGAGCACAUACUACCUAGAAGCAAGAAGAGGAGCCUGAGAAGAAAACAAAGUUCUAUUUUAUUAAUUUUCUAUGUGUUGUGUUUGUAGUCUUGUCUUAGCUCUGGACGUGAAAUACUUCCGUAAUAAUAUUAAUAUUAUUAAUAAUGAUGAUGAUGAUAAUAAUAAUAAUAAAGACAUAA